AUGAAGUUGUUUCACUUACUAGCGGCAUUGUCUCUGAGUGUUUCUGUUCUUGCAGACACUAGUAACACUCACAACAAGGCUAUUUUGGCCACUUUUGUCACAGUUACAACUACCGAAUACCUCAAUGGUACCCCAACAGGUAGCUUGACAGAGAACACCCCUUCUGGAUUAGCACCAAGUGUUUCUAGAGAAGAGAGCACUUACGUGACCACCUUAUUCAGCAAUGGCCAACCAUACACCACAGUUUCACAAACGAUUCUGCCACAAAUAGUAGUUGCUCAAACUGUGUACCAGACCGUCACGGUCGACCUUGCUACAGUUUCCGGAUAUGGAUCUCAAGCUGAUUCUGAAAGUGCAAGUGCAAGUGCAAGCGCUAGCGGAUCUGCUAGUGUUACCUCCAGCGGUAGCGAAAAUUCCUCUGAGUCGUCGGGGUCCUCUCAAGCAUCUAACAGUGGUAAUUCUGGGUCAAUUGGCUCGUCUUCCACCUUCCAUAACUAUUCGUCGUCAUUUGGUUCCACUUCUUCGUACAGUUCUUCCACAUUAUCCCAUGGAAAUUCCAGUACCAUUACAACAUCGAGCGGACGAUUUCAAAACUCAACAACGAUAACUUCCAGUUCGUUCACGACUUCACAUACUGGUCCAGCUGAUUCUGGCUCCAACUCAGGAUCAGGUGUCAACUCUUCUUCUACUACUAUCUCAGACUCAAACCCUGACAAUGCGGGUUCAAUUGGCACCAGAUUUUCACCAUAUCUUAUAUUAAUGUGUUUGGCAAUGGCUUUGAUAUGA